AGCGGUUCGUCCGGUUCCGCACCAAAUAAUUUCUACAAAAACUCAGACCUGCUGCAUCGCAAAGCGGUCGGACUCGCGGGAGUGCGAAGCGAGAGAUGGAUCCCGACAGGCUACUGGAAAACGAGAGGCUUCAGAUGCAGCAGAUAAGAGAACUCGACAUGGAGGAGCUACAAAUCGAGGAGGUUGAUGAAUCCUCCUCCUCCGACGAUGACGACAACGGUCUUGUCAGACAUACUGAUGGACAAGCAGGAGAUCACUACUUUACCUUUGAUACAUGUUUGGCAUCCUUGCAUACCUAUCUUGGCGAGGUUGAUGAAACUCAUUGUAGAUUGGCAUUCUUAGAUGGAGGCGCUAUUUUGAACUUGCCAAUGUUCUAUCUUAAAGGCGUUGUUUUAUUUCCCGAAGCAACUCUCCCUCUUAGAGUGAUUCUUCCUAGAUUCAAAGCUGCUGUUGAAAGAGCUCUGCAUCAGGUUGAUGCUCCGUACACUAUUGGUGUGAUGAGUGUACAUUGGCAUUCAGAUGAUGGAAGAGUGCGCAUUGGUAUUACUGGCACAACUGCUGAGGUAGUCUUUAGCAAUUGAGAAUUGAGCUUCAAGUAGACCUGAAUGCUAUGCUUUAUGUUCACUUAUGAAAUU